GCAAACUGUAUUUAUUGUGUUGUGCAUUACAAGUGCAAACGUUGCGCGCAUCGCUGGCAUCGUUGGCCAGUUGUUGUUAUUGUGUGCUACAGUGUAAACGCGAAAGCUCGUCUAAAAUUCGCAUUGAACCCGAAUGACAUUUAACAAAACAAGAAGUAACAGAAAAAAAGGUGUUACUUAUUUAGCCGCUAGUACGCUUAUACGUUCAUUUCUCAUUAUCGACGAUUGUCUUUUGAUCGUCGCUUUCGCAGCGGCGGCUUCGGCACCUUACUCACCUGGUUCUACAUACUUCUCACGCAUACAAACAAACGUGGCCGCAUACACUCGCACACACACACACGCACGCACACUAAUAGUCACUUACUUUCAGAUUCACACACAAAAAGAAUCUCACACAACACAUUGACAGCAAUUCGUGCAUUGACAUUAACAUCACAUCGAGAGCAGCCGAAAAAAGCAAAGCAAGAAAGAAGGCAACAAAAAAAUUAGAAAUUCCUCAGUAACUGCUGAGCGGCGGUUUGACUAAUUCGAUAGAUAAAUAUUAUAUUGUUUGCUGCCCAGUCACUGCCACAGUUACAUUGUAUCGCUGCGACGCCGACGUCGUCGUCGACACGUCAACAGUAUUGAACUUGGCAUCGAAUUGUUUGUAAGCAAAGCCGCUAUUUAAGAAUCAAAAUUAAGAAAGAUGCGUGUGAGCAACAUACGCAGCGGACGGAUUUGCCGCCUUGUGCUUUGCCUGCUGGUCAUCUUGCCGCUGCUCUAUCUGCUGGCCAACUGGAGUGACCAUCACAAGCGUGUCCAGGAGGCGUAUCACAUGCGCUUCGGCGGUCCCAAAUUCAGUCCUCAGCGUCUCGAGAAUCGGCCACGUGAACAGCCCAAGUUGGUGGAAGGUCUGGGUAACUUUGAGCCCAAGGAUCUGAAGCCACGCACGGGUCCAGGAGAGAAUGGCGAUGCUCACACACUGUCGCCGGACAAGAAGAAUGUGGCGGAUGCUUCCGAGAUGGAGUAUGGCAUGAAUAUUGCCUGCUCCGAUGAGAUAUCGAUGCAUCGUGCGGUGCGCGAUACGCGUCUCGAGGAGUGCAAGCAUUGGGAUUAUCCAUAUGAUUUGCCCACAACAAGUGUGAUUAUUGUAUUCCAUAAUGAGGGCUUUUCGGUGUUGAUGCGCACCGUGCAUUCGGUUAUUGAUCGUUCUCCCAAGCAUGUGCUGCAUGAAAUCAUUUUGGUCGAUGACUUCUCCGAUAAGGAGAAUCUACGCACUAAACUGGACGAUUACGUUGUGCAGUUCGAUGGCCUGGUCAAGAUCAUACGCAACAAGGAGCGCGAGGGUCUUAUUCGCACACGUUCCCGAGGUGCCAUGGAGGCGACAGGCGAGGUCAUUGUCUUCCUCGAUGCGCAUUGCGAGGUGAAUCUGAAUUGGCUGCCACCGCUGCUGGCGCCCAUCUAUCGGGAUCGCACAGUGAUGACGGUGCCCAUCAUCGAUGGCAUCGAUCACAAGUCCUUCGAGUAUCGUCCCGUCUAUGGCAGCGACAAUCAUUUCCGCGGCAUCUUCGAGUGGGGAAUGCUGUACAAGGAGAACGAGGUGCCGCGCAGGGAGCAGCGUCGUCGUGCCCACAACUCGGAACCCUAUCGCAGUCCCACACACGCCGGCGGACUGUUUGCCAUCAAUCGCGAAUACUUCCUCGAGCUGGGAGCCUACGAUCCCGGUCUGCUGGUCUGGGGUGGCGAGAACUUUGAGCUGAGCUUCAAGAUUUGGCAAUGUGGAGGUAGCAUUGAAUGGGUGCCUUGCUCCCGUGUGGGUCACGUCUAUCGUGGCUUUAUGCCCUACAAUUUCGGCAAGCUGGCGAGCAAGAAGAAGGGUCCAUUGAUCACGAUCAACUACAAGCGUGUGAUUGAGACCUGGUUCGAUGAUACACACAAGGAAUUCUUUUACACACGCGAGCCACUCGCUCGCUUCUUGGACAUGGGCGAUAUCAGUGAACAGCUGGCGCUGAAGAAGCGUCUCAAUUGCAAAUCCUUUCAAUGGUUUAUGGAUAACAUUGCCUACGAUGUCGUCGAUAAGUUCCCAGCGCUGCCCGCUAACUUGCAUUGGGGUGAACUGCGUUCCGUGGCCUCCGAUGGCUGCCUGGACUCGAUGGGACAUCAGCCGCCUGCGAUUAUGGGUCUCUCCUAUUGUCAUGGCGGUGGCAACAAUCAGCUGGUGCGUCUGAAUGCCGUUGGCCAGCUGGGCGUCGGCGAACGUUGUGUGGAAGCGGAUCGUCAGGGCAUUAAGUUGGCCGUCUGUCGACUGGGCACUGUGGAUGGACCCUGGAGCUACAAUGAGCAUACCAAACAUCUGUUGCAUCGUGUGCACAAAAAGUGCAUGGCAUUGCAUCCGACGACGCAACAAUUGUCGCUGGGACAAUGCGAUGUCAACGACGGCUAUCAGAAGUGGCUCUUCAAGGAGAUACGUCCUCAUUGGUAGAGCAGCAUCUGAAAUGAUGUUGAUCAUGAGAUCCUAGCCAGGCGUUAAAGCAAUAUCUACACAAAAAGAAGGGUUUCAAAAGCAAACGUGCACCGGGAGAUUGUGAUGUUGAUCAUGAUGAUGAUGAUCGGGGGGGUCGGGGGAAUUUUGUAAGCGUGUUGCAGCGGGAGAGGGUGAGGGAGAGGGAGGGAGCGAGCGAUGAUUGUGGGUGGGGAGAGAGGCGCCGUUUUUUUAGACAAAAGGAAUUUAGUGAAAAUGAAAACAAAUGGAAUUGUUGUUGGUUUUAUAACGUACAUACAUACGAAUACGAUACUUACAUACAUUCAUAUACAUACAUAUAUACAUACAUUUAUUUUAUAUCGCACGACUCGAGAGUUAUUUAACCAAAACGGAAUCGGGAAUGGGAAUCGGAAUCGGGCCUAGGAAUCGGUUUAGAGGUAUAGUUGAUUAAUGGUGAAGAAUUGUGAUUUCCAGCAGAUAUUAAAAUCGAAUUCAAGAACAAAUUCGUUACGCUCAUUUAGGUGUCAACAAAAUUGUGGUGAUAAUUGGAAUUCUAUUAAAACAGAACAAAAACCGAACAGAAACACAAAUGAUAAUUAUAAAAGCUAAGCUAAUGUGUUCCAUAAUAUCUCUAUUCAGUAGAAUCAACUUUUUUUUUUGUGCUUAUCGUAUUAGCAUAUAAUUGUAUUGUAUAUAAUUAGCUAAACCGAUUUCCCAGAUUAACCCAUUGUGUAAACAUGAAAACUGUGUGCGUGUGAGCGAGUGAGAAAACGAUGCACGAGAGUGAGCGAGAUGGCGCAUGUGGCGCUGCUGUGUGUUAGAGCGAAACAGCAAAUCGUGUGUGCAAUAUAUACAUAAUACAUAUGUUAAUGUAUCGAACGAACGAACGAGAUCGAGAAUGAGAAUGAGAUCAAGAACGAGAAUGUAUAUGCCUUUUGCUUUAGCCUUGCCAGGACUAAAUUUUCCAUAUGAAUAUCAGUAAUCGACUACAACUAUUUUUGUGUAAUAUUAUUACUACUACUACUUACAAAACAAAUAUAUAUGUAUCUCCUAUCUACAUUACUUUGUAAAAACAAAACUUUAUCGAUAUAUGCCUAUUUAUAUGUUAUGCAUUAAUUAAUACCUUUGUUUAAUCUAUAAGUUUCACUGCUGCCACAUUCCAACAAGACUAUAAAGCUCUACUUUAUACGAUGA